AUGUACAAUUAUCAACGAGCCUAUGAUUUGACUCUAGCAAGUCAUCCAUUUGGAAUCAAGGAAGCUGCAAAAACAAUCAAUAAUAUUGCUAUUGUCUAUCGUAAGUGGUGCCAGUACGACAGAGCAUUGGAAUUACACUUUCAAGCUUUGAAAACAAAAGAAGAAUAUUAUGGUAAAGACCAUUUAGAAACAGCUAAGACACUGAGAAACAUCGGUUCAGUGUAUGAUGAGAAACAACAGUACGAUCGUGCUUUAGAAUAUUACCAGCAUUGCCUGAGAAUUCAACAGAAACAUUUACCAACUGAUCAUAUUGAUAUUGCAAUGACUCUACAAAAUAUUGGCAAAGUAUAUUGCGAAAUGAAUCAUAGCAAUAUUGCUUUAGAACACUUUCAAGCUUCCUUGAGAAUGCGACAGAAACUUUUAGUUUCUGAUCAUAAUGAUAUAGCUACAAGUUUAGUGUAUAUUGCAAGUGUCUAUAGUAAGCAGGGUCAGUACCAUAUUGCAUUAGAUAUUUUUUUCAAAGCAUUAGAAAUACAAAUGAAGGUUUUUGAUACGAAGGAUGGUCAUUCCGAUAUAGCAGAGACUUUACAACACAUUGGAGUCACAUACGAAAAACUUUCUAAUUAUUUAACUGCUAUAGAAUUUUAUAACAAAGCACUAGAUAUGAAUAAAAAAUUAUUACCACCUGAUCAUCCUACAAUAAUCAAGUUAUACAACAAUAUUGACAUUCUAAGAAAUAUAUUGGAACCAUACAACUGUUAA